GAUUGGUUAACAAAAGUAACAAGCAUUUUCUGAUGAUUUUAAUAAAUUUAAUCUAUUUUCAAAUUUGUUGUCUUUCAAAUCUAUUGAAAUCACGCGAUCGAUCAAUAUUUAUAUAAACAAUAAUAAAACCACCAUCUCAGCAAAAAGUCUGCUAUAUGUUAUAUAAUGUAACGGAGGAAUUCAAAGAAAAGACGUCGAGGCCACCAUUUCUCACCAGUACAACCCUGAGUCAGAGAAAAACAGAGAGAAGAUGGAGGCAACUGCCAAAGUAUCAUCAAUAUUUAUAUACCCAGUUAAAUCAUGCCGUGGAAUUUCCCUCUCUCAGGCACCUCUAACUCCUACUGGAUUUCGAUGGGAUCGGAACUGGUUAGUUGUGAACUACAGAGGAAGGGCAUAUACCCAAAGAGUUGAACCAAAGCUCGCUUUAGUUGAGAUAGAGCUGCCGGAUGAGGCAUUUUCGGAGGGCUGGGAACCUACUAAGAACUCAUUUAUGAAAAUAAAGGCUCCUGGGAUGAGUGUGCUUAAGAUAUCUCUGAUGAAGCCAAGUGAAGUAGCGGAGGGUGUCUCGGUAUGGGAGUGGUCUGGCUCUGCAUUGGAUGAGGGAGCUGAAGCAGCAAAAUGGUUCUCAGAUUAUUUGGGGAAACCCAGUCAACUAGUACGUUUUAAUGCAGCUUCAGAAACAAGGCUCAUAGAUCCUAAUUAUGCACCUGGACACAAAACUAUGUUUUCUGACCUCUUUCCGUUCAUGCUGAUCUCUCAGGGAUCUUUGGAUGCACUGAAUCAGCUUCUCAGGGAACCUGUUCCUAUUAAUCGUUUUAGACCAAACAUCCUUGUUGAAGGCUGCGAACCAUUUUCUGAGGACUUGUGGACUGAAAUUAGGAUAAGCAGGUUCACAUUUGAAGGUGUCAAGCUAUGUUCCCGCUGCAAGGUACCUACAAUCAAUCAAGAUACUGGGAUUGGAGGGACUGAGCCAAAUGAAACUCUAAUGAAAAUCCGAUCAGAUAAAGUUUUGCGCCCGGAUAAGAAACAGCAGGGAAAGAUCUAUUUUGGACAGAACUUAGUUUGGAAGGAAAACCCUAGUGAAGGGCAUGGAAAGAUUGUUAAUGUGGGAGAUCCUGUUUUCGUCCUUAAGAAGGUCUCCUCUGUAGCUGAAGCAGCAGCCUAAACUUUGUAGAAUAUAGCAACUAGUAUAGCUAGGGAGUUGCCAAUAAGAUGUCUUAUGUAUGGUAAUAAAAUGAUUGGACAAUCCUAGAAGGAUAAACUAAAGCUAAGGCUUUGGUUUAUCCUGAUGUGUGUAUGCUCAUUUUAUUCAUAACAAGGAGUCAAAGGAAAAUAUUCAUAAAAGAGAUUAAAUGCUCAA